UAUCCAUAGUCAUUUGGGUAAAUUCAGAUUAUUAGGAAUGACUGUAUUAAACUAGUCCAAGCAAUCCAUGAGAAGUGAUAAAGGAGAAUAGUUCAGGAACGCUUGAACUUGCACGGCCGUCUCUCUUCUUCUUCCCUCUGGUAUGUAUGAAACUUCUUCUUCUUCUACUUUAUGGGUAUUCCUGAAAUUCUUCCUACAGAUCUCAGCUUCUUAAGCAAUCUGGUUGGAAGGGACAGAGAGAGAUAAAGAAGCAAAGUUUCUUUUUGUCUUAACUGAAAAGUCUGAAAUUUAGAGGAAAUUAUGUCAAGUUGCAGAAAAUAAAGGAAAGUAAUUUUCGGGAAAGAAAUGAGCAAAAGGCUGUGUGUUUGAAGCGUUUGUUCUUGAUUAACAGAGCUCCACCUUGGGAACAGGGGAAAGAAGAUUUUGUAACAGAGGAGCUCCAGUGGGUCACAGCAAGCUUCGUCUUAUUUUCUCAUCGGAGAUUCCGAAUUGGUCGGAAUUGAGGACAUGGGAGAUAACGAUAACAAGAGAUGGAUUGGUGGUUUCACAGUCAUCCCUGAAGCUUAUAAGCACUUCUCAGAGACGACAUGGCCGCUGUUCAAGAAGGGUCCUGUGAAAACCGUUCUUCUCUUCCUCCUCCUCUUUGUCGCCGCCUUGGCUGCUACUCGCUGGACCAAUACCUCAAUUAUGGAUGUUUCGAAGCUUAGAUCAUUUCUGCCUUCCAACUACAUCUCCAAGCCCUUCAAACAGUCUAGAGAGAGACUUCAAUUCCCCUUCAAUUGCUCCGAUCUGAACUUAACAAAAGGCUGUUCGGGGAUUUUUCCGGCGAGCUCAGGGACCCAACAGAAUAAAAUCCUUUCAGGAUCAGGUGAGAAGUGCCCACAUUAUUUCAAGUGGAUCCACGAGAAUUUACGGCCAUGGAAGGACAAAGGAGGGAUAACAAGGGAGAUGGUGGAGAGAGGAAGACGGACGGCUAAUUUCAGGUUGUUGAUCGUGAACGGGAAAGUGUAUGUAGAACGAUACAGCCCAGCAUUUCAGACCAGAGAUGUGUUCACUUGGUGGGGGAUUCUUCAAAUGAUGAAGAGGUAUCCUGGGAAGCUACCGGACUUGGACCUCAUGUUUGAUUGUGAUGAUCAACCGGUCAUCAGAUCAAACGAUUACAAGGGACUUUUUGCAUCGGCCCCACCUCCUUUGUUUCGUUACUGUGCGGACGACUCCACAAUGGAAAUUAUCUUCCCUGAUUGGUCCUUCUGGGGAUGGCCAGAGGUGAAUAUAAAGCCAUGGGAGACACUUAAGGAACAAUUGAGAGAAGGCAACAAGAUGGUUAAAUGGAGCAAGAGGGAACCUUUUGCUUACUGGAAAGGGAAUCCCUAUACUUCUCCAAACAGGCAAGAACUCAUGAGAUGCAAUCAGAACUGGAAUGUUAGAGCCUAUUCCCAGGAUUGGGGGAAAGAAUCUCGAGAAGGUUUUAAGAAUUCUGAUUUAUCAAAGCAAUGCACCCAUAGGUAUAAGAUUUAUGUGGAAGGGAGGGGUUGGUCAGUAAGCGAAAAAUACAUUUUAGCCUGCAACUCAAUGACAUUGAUCGUGAAGCCUCGAUACUAUGACUUCUUUUCUAGAAGUCUAAUGCCAUUAAAACACUACUGGCCCAUAAAGGGUCACCAAGACUUGUGCAGAUCUGCUAAGUCAGCUGUGGAUUGGGGAAAUUCUCACGAAAAGAAGGCACAAGACAUUGGAAAUGAAGGAAGCAGAUUUGUGCAAGAGGAGCUUAAGAUGGAAAACGUGUAUGACUACAUGUUUCAUCUUCUUAAUGAGUAUGCUAAGCUAUUGAAAUAUAAACCCACCAUUCCUGAACGUGCAGUGGAGUUUUGUUCAGAGGUAAUGGCUUGCCCUGCGUCUGGGUUGGUAAAGCAGUACAUGAUGGAGUCGGUGGUGGAGGGUCCUAGUGAUACAGAGCCCUGUACUAUGCCACCUCCCUUCGACCUUUCAACUCUACAAGCUUUUAAUGGUGAAAAGGAGAACUCCACGAAACAGGUAGAAACUUGGGAGCAUCAACAUUAACAGAACUAGAGUUUUUAGGGUUUACAGGAUGGCUACUUCCUAAUACUACAGGGGUGAGGGGAGUUUACAGGGAAAUAAGACAAGGGAAUGGGAAUUUUUUUCUUUUCUUACUCUUAAAAAAUAAUGAUACAAAGAAGGCAUUUACAAGAAUUUUGAGGAUUCUUGCAUUGGAGACUCUGGCCUUUUUCUUUUUUAACAUUUCUUUCUGAAGUAAAAUUUCCUUUGUGAGGUACCAAUGGUGGCAAUAAAGACCAGUUGAUGGAA